GAGAGAGUAAAGCUUUGUGUGUGUGUUUUCUAUCUGCCAUAUAUAGGGACAAACUUGCUUCGAGAUGUGCUUGUCUGUUUUAUAGUCAGUAAUCUAUCUGCAAACCUCUCUUUCUUUCUGUGUUUCUUCUAUAUGUAGUCCUGGAGAGUCUCAGGACUUUAAGGAGCUCUGCAUUCUUGGCCUACAGCAGCUACAGUUGGAGGAAAUUACAGAGACUCUGAUAGAUAUAUUUUCUCCUGUUUAUUUUUUAAAGCUCUGUUGAGUUGCUGGCAAACAUGGAAGGAGUGAAUGAUGUUCAUGAUGAUGGCUCCUUCAUGUUCACUUCAGAGUCGGUGGGAGAAGGGCAUCCAGAUAAAAUUUGUGACCAAAUCAGUGAUGCUGUCCUUGAUGCCCACUUGAAGCAAGAUCCUGAUGCUAAGGUGGCCUGUGAGACAGUUUGCAAGACUGGCAUGGUACUGCUAUGCGGUGAGAUCACAUCUCGGGCCAAUGUGGACUACCAAAGUGUUGUGCGUGAUACCAUUAAACACAUUGGUUAUGACAACUCUGAAAAAGGUUUCGACUAUAACACCUGCAAUGUGCUGGUGGCCCUGGAGCAGCAGUCUCCUGAUAUAGCACAGGGCGUCCACAUUGACAGACAUGAGGAAGAUAUUGGAGCUGGAGACCAGGGACUCAUGUUUGGUUACGCCACAGAUGAGACAGAAGAGUGUAUGCCGCUCACCAUCGUCCUCGCUCACAAACUCAAUGCCAAAAUGGCUGAGCUGCGGCGGGACAGGACUAUUCCAUGGCUCCGUCCAGACUCUAAAACCCAGGUCACUGUACACUACAAGCAGGAGAAUGGAGCUGUGAUUCCUUUGCGUGUUCACACAGUGGUCAUCUCUGUCCAACAUGACGACUACAUUUCACUGGAAGAGCAGCAACGCAUUCUGAAGGAGAAGGUCAUCAAGGCUGUGGUUCCUGCAAAAUAUCUUGAUGAUAAAACAGUCUACCACCUGCAACCAAGUGGCCGUUUUGUCAUUGGAGGGCCUCAGGGAGACGCCGGUGUUACAGGAAGGAAGAUCAUUGUGGACACAUAUGGUGGCUGGGGGGCUCACGGUGGUGGAGCUUUCUCUGGAAAGGACUACACCAAGGUGGACCGCUCUGCUGCCUAUGCUGCACGCUGGGUGGCUAAGUCUCUUGUGAAGGCCAAACUGUGCAGAAGAGUUUUGGUGCAGGUGUCUUACGCCAUUGGAGUCGCCCACCCUCUGUCAAUUUCCCUCUUCACCUAUGGCUCAUCAGAAAAAACAGAGAAGGAGUUGCUACAGAUUGUCAACAAGAACUUUGACCUCCGACCAGGCGUCAUUGUUAGGGACCUGAACCUGAAGAGGCCAAUCUACCAGAGCACCGCCUGCUACGGCCAUUUUGGCAGAUCAGAUUUUCCCUGGGAGGUGGCCAAGAGUCUCAAGGUUUAAAGUGACAGGCUUGUCCUUUAGUCAUCAUUCAUCCGCUGCAACUCUGAAGAGAAUAUGUUCUCACACCCUUGAUCUCUCUUUCCUUCAAUGCUUCUCUUCCAGUUUAUUUUAGUCCCCCCCCUCAUACACUACAUUGCAGAUUGGAGCAGGAUACUGUAAAUGUCAUAAUUGAGAAAUCAAAUCCAGCUUUACAAUUGGAAGGCAGUCAUGAAUGGACCCCUCAAAAUGUUGACCACACUAUUUCAAUGUUGAUCACCAUCAUCAUACAAGCAAGUCUGCUGUGUACUGAUAUAUAUAUAUAUAUAUAUGAUAUUUAGCUGUACUGAUAUUCAGGACAAGAGCAUCAUUGUGCAUGUGAUAUUGUUUUUAAUACAAGAGUAAAAAAUAGUGAAAAUAGUUCUAAACUAAGCCAAAGCAGAAUCAACGUUACGUGUAACAUGUCUGGAAUGCCACGAACACAGACAAACAGAGUGAUACAAAGAGUAAAACUUUACAGUGUUGUUAUACAAAAUAUCAGCACUCUUGGAAUACUGCUUGUCCAAUCAGAUUCGAGGACCGUAACUAAUUGUUGUAUAGGAUUAAUAGAAACCUUCAGUCUAAUCACUGUGUGCAUCUAUCAUUCCUUAAAUCAUACAGUGCAUUAUAGUUACCUAUUAUCUAUUUCUCAGUCUUGACUGCAUUGACAUUUCUUUUUCUCUCUUUUUUUAUCAUUAAUAGCCAAAUGUACCUUUAUAUUACUAUUAUUAUUAUUAUUGUGACUGUAACCAGCUGGUUAAUUCAGCAUCAUGCUGUGUGGAGACAAAAGCAACAUAUUGUGGACCAUUGUGAACUUUAGGUUUUACACAUCAUAUACAUUACAGUCUUAAAAAAGUUUCUAAUUUUCUUGCAUCAGAAGUACAUUGGCUUUUAAGGAGCUUUUUAUGUCAAUAAAUGUUGGAAAAUGGCAGAGGGAUUUUAAUAUGAGAGUAAGCAAUGCCUUCUUGUUUACAUGUACAGAUCGCCUGUGUUGAUCUUACAAAGGAUUUUUCACCACUGGAGAAUAAGCAUAUAUUUGUGUGUGAGUGUAUGUGUGUGUGUGUAGUUCAGUUAAGCAAAGCUAGAUUUUGUUGAGAUGUGUGUGUGUGUGUGUGUGAGGGCAGGUUUGGGUGGUUUACGAGGAAAUUUUUUUAGGUUACAAACUGGUAAUUACAAGGGUAUUAUGUUAUAAAUGUGGUUAAUGAGGACAUUUCUAGUGUCCCCAUAAUUCAAAUUGCUUAAAAAAACAUACUAAACGAUGUUUUUUUGAAAAUGUAAAAAUGCAGAACGUUUUUUGUGAGGGUUAGGUUUAGGGUUAGGGUUAGGGGACAGAAUCUAUAGUUCGUACAGCAUAAAAAUCAUUAUGUCUAUGGAGAGUCCUCAUAAGGAUAGCCGCACCAACAUGUGUGUCUGUGUGAAAGCCACUGUGUAAUAUUACUUUUAAUUUUUAACUUCUAUGUGUUCAACAGAGGCAUUAAUCCUUACAAACAUUGAAACCAACCUUAUUCUUACCAUUCUUACCCUUUCCUUUCAGAUUGUCAACUUUUGUCAUAGAAUUUAAGAUCUGAUAUGUAAAUAAUUGUGAAUAAUUAAAGUAUGGAAAAUUCUUCA